AUGGCCUCAGUCUGGGAAGUGGCUCUUGCCGCACCACUGAACACGUGGUUCGCUGCCGUCAACAAACAUGUCACUGAGCCAUAUCUCGAUGAAGUCUUCCAUGUUCGUCAAGCACAGCACUACUGCCAAGGCCAUUGGGAUGUCUGGGACCCCAAGAUUACCACUCCUCCCGGACUCUACUUCAUCUCGUACCUGCUCUCUCCAAUCAUGGGUUGCAGCAUUACAGCACUUCGAGCCGCCAAUGUGAUAUGUCUGGUCGCCCUAUGCAUCAUAAUACGCGCAACAUACGAUGCCAGACGGAAGACGAACAACGAGUCCGGACCCAUGAGCCAGAUCUUGACUUACCACAGCUCGCUGAACAUUGUCCUCUUCCCGCCAAUCUUCUUCUUCUCGGCACUAUACUACACAGACAUCGCCUCAACACUUUCCGUCAUGGCCUCAUACUGGUACUUCCUCAUACAGCUGUCGAACAAGGAGACUACUUUCACAGGCACCAUGAUUCAGGUUGUCCUCGGCAUCAUCAGCCUGACUUUCAGGCAGACGAACAUCUUCUGGGUCGCGGUCGGACCAGCAGCUCUUACUGCCAUUGUUGAGCUGGAUCGAGGUCAUCGAGUUGUCAAGGACUCCAUGUAUCGGCGCACGCAGGGCUUCGGUGACACGACUUACAGUGUGGCGAAGACGAGCUGGAAGAUGGACGUUAUUUAUGAUCCGCCUGCGAAGGACGCUCGCAUCGAGGACUACCUGCGUACUACCGUGUCGAUCGUUGUGUGCGCGGCGAAGGCAAUGACACAACCGAAGCGCGUAGCACGGCUAGCAACAGCACUUGCACCAUACAUCACCCUCAUGGUCCUCUUCGCCUCCUUCAUACUCUGGAACGGCAGCGUCGUACUCGGAGACAAAAGCAACCACAACGCCACAAUCCACAUCGCGCAAAUGCUCUACCUCUGGCCCUUCAUCGCUUUCUUCGCCUGGCCACUGCUCCUACCCCACUUCAUACUCCUCCCACUAAUCUUUAUCUCUCGUCUCGGCCAGCUGGCCCACGUGGAACCACUUCAAGUCUUUCGCCGCCGAGACUUUCUCCCGAGAAUGCUCAUCUCCUUCGGCUUCCUCAUCCUGGCCUUGGUAAUCGUUCGCUUCAAUACGAUUGUUCACCCUUUCACACUGGCCGACAAUCGCCACUACAACUUCUACAUCUUCAAGCUCCUGCUCCGGCCCUGGUGGGUCAGAUACAUGGUCACGCCAGUCUACGUGGUCACAGCCUGGGCGUGUCUCGAACAACGUGGUGAGGCGCCAAUCGCGGACCCGUCCAAGUCCGGCGAGACAUCACCAGCUUCGGGCAGAAUGGCAGCAGCCUACGAGCAAGGCACAGAAAAACGCAAUACCGAGAGCAGCCAGCGCAUCCUGCGCCUUGCGGACGGAAAGUCCUCAGCCAUGGUCUCCUUCCAGCUCGUUUGCGUGCUCACAGCAGCGCUCUCACUAUGCUCUGCUCCACUGGUUGAGCCGCGAUACUGCAUCAUCCCCUUCGUAAUCUGGAGGAUCCAUCUUCCGCUCUACGCCGUGGAUGUCACAAGGGACAUGGGCAAGAAGGGAAAACCCAGCUGGAGUGCUGUACUGGCAGAUUAUGAUUUCCGCGUCGUCAUUGAGACGAUCUGGUUUUUGAUCAUCAAUGCGGUAACGGGUUACAUUUUCUUGUACAAGACCUUUGAGUGGAAGAGUGAGCCCGGGGGUUUGCAGAGGUUCAUGUGGUAG